UAGCCAUUCCAGUCUUUGGACCAUGGCUUCGACAGGGUUGCUUGCUGGGCGUUUAGCUCUGGUAACAGGUGGAGGUAGUGGAAUUGGUAAAGCUGUUUGUCAAGCAUUUGCUAAAGAAGGAGCUAGAAUAGCCUGUGUUGAUAUCAAUAAAAAUAAUGCAGAAAAAACAGUUGAAAUUUUACCCACAGAUGUACAACAUGUAGCAUUCGAAGUGAAUGUGUCAUCAGCUAAUGAUGUCAAGAAUUUGUUAAAAGAUGUGACAUCAACUUUCUCCACACCACCAUGUAUAGCUGUCAACUCUGCUGGUAUAACAAGAGACAAUUUUCUGUUAAAAUUAGAUGAAAAAAGUUUUGAUGACGUGAUUGAUGUGAAUUUGAAAGGAACAUUCUUGAUUAAUCAAGCUGUUGGUCGUUUAAUAGCAGAACAUAAAAUAAAGAAUGGGUCUAUUGUAAAUAUAGCAAGUAUUAUAGGAAAGGCAGGUAAUAUUGGACAAGCUAACUAUGCUGCUUCAAAAGCUGGCGUUAUUGGUUUAACUAAAACAGCUGCAAGAGAAUUUGCUAGGUAUGGUAUACGAGUUAAUGUAGUAUUACCAGGAUUUAUUGUAACACCAAUGACAGAUACUGUGCCUGAUAAAGUUUUUCAACAAAUGGUUUUACCACUUAUACCCCUAGCUAGGAUGGGACAACCAGAAGAAAUUGCUGAUACAUGUGUAUUUUUAGCAUCUAAUAAAAGUUCAUAUGUAACAGGGGCUAGUAUAGAGGUUACAGGUGGUAUGUUAAUGUAAAGACAAGAUGUAGAGACAGUUCAAUCUUAAACCAUAUAUCUAUGUUAAAUGCAUUUAUCAGGGAUAACCAUCAAAUAUAAUUGUUUAAUUUUGUAUUGAAUAUUUUUAAUAUC